CCCACACACACACACACACACACACACGCACGCAGACUCACAAGCAGAGACCGUUUAGUCACACAACAGGCAGGACAGGAGACAGUCGACCCCGCAACCAACUGUUACCACCUUCGGAGAAAAAGUCCAAAAGCGCAACCAUGGGGAAAGGCUGCAUCACAGUUACCAAGUACUUUUUAUUCCUCUUCAACCUCCUCUUCUUUAUCUUUGGAGCAUUGAUCAUGGGCUUUGGACUGUGGGUUCUCUUUGAUAACCAGAGCUUCAUUGCUGUUCUGCAGGAAUCAUCAGACACGGUGAAAGUGGCUUCAUACAUCCUCAUCGGAGUGGGUGCACUGUCAAUGGCCAUGGGCUUCUUCGGCUGCAUAGGUGCCAUCUACGAAAUCCGUUGUCUGCUGGGUCUGUAUUUCACCUGCCUCCUGCUCAUCCUCAUCGCCCAGGUCACUGCUGGAGUCCUCAUUUACUUCCAAAGAGAGCCGUUGAAAUAUGAGAUGUCCAACAUCAUAAAGGGCAUGAUAAUCAACUACACCGGCGAGAACAGGACCACAGAGCACACAUGGGACUUCAUUCAGAGGACGAUGAAGUGCUGUGGAUGGACUGGUCCAGGAAACUGGUCCGAGAACCUUUUGAUCAAGAACAGCUCCAAGAACCUCUACCCAUGUUCCUGUCGCAAUGGGGAACUGCCUGGCACGGCCAUCCAAGAAGUAGGCCUGUGUGAGCACACGUCCACAGAACCACCUGUCUAUGAAACGGGCUGUAUAGCCAGCGUGGAGAAAUGGCUCCUGGACAACUGUGGGGUUAUUCUGGGAAUGUGUAUCGGUGUGGCAGUCGUGGAGCUCCUCGGGAUGAUUCUCUCCAUGUGUCUGUGCAAGAGUGUCGUCCAGGAGGAUUAUACCAAAGUACCGAAGUACUGAGCUGAAGACAGAGCUUCACACCACACACAGAUGGAUGGACUCUUUCCCCCUCCCUCUCUCUCCCCAGUCUCACGUUCUUAUGUACACACACACUUAAAAUAAGACAGCUGUCGCCACCAUUUGAGCUUCGGCUGCCUUGACAGCUGUGCAGAUUUCUCACGCCCCACAUGUCCCACACACACACACGCACCUCUCAGUCAAAGUUGACACACUUGUUGGACAUCAGUUCAACAAGUGACCAGUGUUGUGUUGUCAUUUGUGUUUUUUCUAAGGAGACAUUUGUGAUAUUUUUUGGUGGAAGCCUGAGAAUUUUGCCGUUUGAUACGAUGCAAAUGUCCAUUUAUGUGUUGUUUUGUUUUCCUUGGCUGACCUCAAAGAAGCGCUUAAUUAACGUAGUAGUAGAGAGAGCACUUUAGUGUCAUUUGGUGAGCUGAGAGCCGGAGCAUCUUCUGACUCCGGGGCAGGAGAUGAGGGGGAGUCGGGAGGAUGUGGGCGUGUGCGUGGUAGAUGCUCUGAAGGAUUAAUGCCUCUCUGUGACCCUGCAGCUGGUAUUUUUGGUGCAGAGGGUGGUGGAGAGGCCCAGGACAGGGGUGCUUUGGUGGAGGUUUUGGCUUCUGUCAUCAGCUCCUUGUACCCAGUAGCCCUAAUAUUAACCUUCGUUUACACCCACCACCACCACCUCCUCCUUCUCCCUCCCAGUAUCCAUCAUCUGUUAGCAUCUCUAAAUCACAUCUCUGUCUUCCUCUCGGGUGUGGCUGACUGGUAACCAGUAGCUUUCCAAAAUGACUAGUUUUGCAUGAAGUAAGUGUGUGUAUGAUGUGUUGAGUGAGUAUUUUAUUUCCUUUUGUUCUUUUUUUAUAUUCUUGUGUCAUCUCUGUUUUUCUUUUUUACAACUGUACAUAUGACUUUGGUAAGGCAUUAUGGCACUUCAGUGCUUGGUCAGCGUUUUAUAUGGGAAAGCUGUCACCCACAUGCUCUUGUUUUUAGGGUCCUGUUCUUUGUUCUUUGUUCUUUGUUGCUGAUGAUGUACAGAAUGUGGCUGCCACAGCAGCUCGUCAUAACUAUUUUGGUCUGAAUCAGAGAAAUUGGAACCCUUAGAGUGAGUCUGUCAUCACUCUUGAAGCUAUAUUUUCAUUUCUUUAGCAUAGCAUGAGUUGGUGAACAGACAGUCUGCCAUAGCGCCUGCCCUGAAAAAUCUUGUUUUUUACCAUUGUAGCAGAAAACUAAAAACAGCAGCUGUGUGACCACAAUGUAUUUUCCCCCCUCUGCAUGAUUUCUUUCCGAGAAGUCAUUUUGACUGGUUUAUAUUAUCAGUAACAAGAGCAGAGAAAAAAGUUGGAAGCUAGCAGUGAUUGCAUAUUUUCAGAGGCUGCUAUGACCAGAAAAUGACUGUUCAUCAGCUCGUACUAUCUUUGCUAAAAAUGAUUUACAAAAGUGAGUUUCCUCAUCCUACUUAUCCAUGUCUUCAUCUUUCGUCCUUCCACUUCAUUUUGAACACAAUAUUAUGGCAAAAUUUCUGGUUAAUUUAGGGGAUAGACUGCACUUCUGUGUGGCUUGGGGUUUUUCAUGCCAUCUCAUGAGUUGUUCCAAAUCCUGUUCAUCAUGCUGUAAUUUCAUGAGAGAGAGGAAACUGGCCAUUGUAUAAAAAGAACAGCUGUGUCUUUCACAAUUACAGUCAACCAGUCAAUUGAAACAUUAAUUUAACUUAAGGAGAGAUGAAGGCUUUUUAUUGUGUUUUUAAGAUAUUUUUACACUUUUACAAAUAAUGAAUGAUUUUGUUUGGUAGAAAAAAUAUUUGUGGACCUGUAAGCCAUGUUUAAAACAUAUUGUGCAUUUUUAUUAUUAUUAUUAUUAUUAUUGAGAACUAUUAAACUUAAAUUCACUAGACUCUGUCGAACACUGCUUUAAUUUCAUCUUAUUUAAAAGCUAGUUUAACAGUGGUAACUGAAUUUAUAUACAUAUAGACUGAUAUUUUGUCAGGCAGAGUACUAUUUGAUCUUUCAGAUGUCAGGUUUUGUACCUAAAGCAACCAGAAGAUGGCAGUAUAUACUGAACAGUGUAAGUGGCUCAGGCAGAAAUCUAUUUGAACAAGAUGAGCAAAAUUAGUGGGUUGAUGUUUUAAGUGUAAAAUGAAAGAUGCUUCAUCAGUGGAUUAAUUAUGUUUUAAAAUCCUGCUUUGUAAAAGCUGCAGGUUUGGUAUGGGCCCUAUGCAGAUUCUUAAGAAAUGAGUUAUUUCACUACAUUCCUAUUUC